AACGCACCACACGGCAGUGGUCGCCAGGGGGCGGAGAUGUUGCAGAAUCCUCCGUCCAGGAUCUGAGGCAGGUGCCGACAGGAAGGUGUUGUUUUAGUCCGAGAUCGUGACUACUUCUGCGGCGGAGAGGACAGGGAGGGGUCGGCGUCGUCACCAGCGCAGAGAGAGCGAUGGCGGAGUGCGGCCGGAAGGCGCUGUCCCUCCUGGAGGCGGCCCGCUCCCGCUACGAGAGCCUGCAGAUAUCCGACGACGUGUUCGGCGAGUCCGGGGAUGACAGCAGCGACAACCCCUUCUACAGCACCUCCGGGGACUCGGACUCGGACAACUCCAUGGCCGAGGUGGGCGAGGAGCACCGUCACCAUCAGCACCACCACCACCACCACCACCACCACCAGAGACGAGGCGACAGGGAGAGCUCGCUCGGCGGGGUGGCAGGGGGUGGCAGCCCGGGUCCGCCCGGCUCUCUGUCCCGCAGCCAAGCGGAGGAGGAGGGCUGGACGGAGACCCUGCAGGAUGUCACCGUGCCGCCGUGUAAAGGCUCUUACGGCCCAGCUCAGAAGAUGCCCGCCACGGCCACCGCGUUGGACUUCUUCCAGCUCUUCGUCCCUGACAACUGCAUCCAAAACAUGGUCGCCCAGACCAACAUGUACGCCAAGAAGUUCCAAGAGCGCUUCGGCUCGGACGAGGGCUGGCGUCCCGUCACGGCGCAGGAGAUGAAGGCCUUCCUGGGCUUUGUCACCUCCACCAGCGUGCACCACUGCGAGUCGGUGCUCAGCAUCUGGAGCUCGGGCUUCUUCAGCAACCGCAGCAUCGCCCUGAAGAUGAGCCAGGCGCGCUUCGAGAAGAUCCUGAAGUACUUCCACAUCGUGGCGUUCAGGCCGUCGCAGGGGAGCAACCAAGGCCUGUACAAGAUUCAGCCCUUCCUGGACUCGCUGCAGCAAUCUUUCAGCUGCACGUUCCGACCUUCACAGACCCAGGUUCUCCAUGAACCCUUGAUAGACGAGGACCCCGUCUUCAUCACCACCUGUACAGAACGAGAGCAGAGGAAGAGGAAGAAGAGGAAGUUCAGUCUUUGGGUUCGACAGUGUACUUCUACUGGGUUCAUCUGUCAGCUGUCCGUGCAUCUGAAGGAGGGCCAAGGUGGAGACGCUCUGUCCGCCCUGAAGAACAAACCUCAGCUGCACAGUCUGGUGGCCAAGCAGCUGUGCCAGAACAUCUCUGGAAAGAACACCAUCAUCUUCACGGGGCCAUCCAUCACCAGCCUUGGACUCUUCACCGAGUUUAGCAAGCAAGAUAUCUACUGCUGCGGUCUGCUGAGCACCAGAAAGAGCGACUGCACAGGCUUGCCGCAAAGCAUGCUGGUCUGCAGCUCCACGCCGUCGCAGCGGGGCCAGUGGCGAGUGAUGAUGCAAGGCAGCAUGUCGCUGAUUAGCUGGUACAACAAGGGACACUUCAGGUUCCUCACCAACGCCUACUCGCCGAACAAACAAGGUUUGAUCAUCAAGAGGAAAAGCGGCGAGGUUCCCUGUCCUCUGGCGGUGGAGGCCUUCGCCGCACACCUCAGCUACAUCUGCAAAUACGACGACAAGUUCAGCAAGUACUUCAUCUUCCACAAGCCCAACAAGACGUGGCAGCAGGUGUUCUGGCUGAGCAUUAGCAUCGCCAUCAACAACGCAUACAUUCUCUACAAGAUGUCCGACGCCUACGCUGUCAAGCGCUACAGCCGGGCGCAGUUCGGAGAGAGACUGGUCAAAGAGCUGCUGGACGUGGACGAGUUCUCGCCCACGCCGUGAGGAUGGACGCAUGGCCGGGUGGUUGUCAGUCACACACACGCCGCCUCACACGUGUACAGACUGUAUGUCACCACGCUGAAGCAGUGCCAACUCUUCCUCUAGUCCUUGUACUGUAAAUAAUAUCUAACACCACUUAGGGGAGGAGGGGGGGGGGUCACGCCACCAAGCAACAAUGAAGGAUGAUGACCAUGAAGAUUUCCCCCCCACCCCAUGAGAUGAUCUCUCUUCCAUCACUUGCCACACGCAGCCCAAAAGAGGCUGAGUAAAACACGAAAUUACUUCUUUAUCCGUGUCAUUUUAAAUAUCGUUUUUGUCGUGGUUUGCUUUAGGUGAGGGGUGUGCAAAGCGCAGCACAGGGGCCAUUCUUGCCGGUUUGUUAUCGGCCCUCAGCAUACACAGUACGAAAAAGGUCGAAUUAAUUAUAAUGAGAUAUGAUGCUAAUUUGCUGUGUCGCAAAACUAAGAUGCCAAAGUUUGUAUUGAUCGGUUUUAGCAUUUUCAAUGCACGAUUUCAAUCAAAGCAUCUUUAAAAUGUUGACUCUCCCUGGAAACAAACACGACUACAAAAGUUUAUUGACAAUUUAAAUGAGGAAAAAACUCCUCAUUGGAGCUCCUACAAUAUUACUUGGGGAAGUAAAACCCCAAAAGAUUUAAAAAAAGUUCCACAAAUCAAAUCUUUUGCACUCAAAACUGUGAAUUACUGUGAAUUAUCGAGUGGAAAAUAUUUAUGGGAAAGAGGUUCUGUAAAUGUGGAGUGAUUGGCCAAAUAUUUAGUUGUCACCAUAGUUUAGAGCAGGGGUCACCAACCUUUUUGAAAGCAAGAGCUACUUCUUGGGUACUGAUUAAUGCGAAGGGCUACCAGUUUGAUACGCACUUAAAUUGCCAGAAAUAGCCAUUUUGCUCAAUUUACCUUUAACUCUAUGUUAUUAUUAAUAAUUAAUGAUGUUUAUCUUUGUGGAAACACUGAUCAUCUUAAUGAUUUUUUCACUAUAAAUAUAUAUUUUGAUGACAUGUUUUAAAUAGGUUAAAAUCCAAUCUUGUUCACGAGUGGGGGAAGAGUGGAUCGUGAGAUCGACAGGCGGAUCGGUGCGGCGUCUUCAGUAAUGCGGACGUUGUACCGAUCCGUUGUGGUGGAGAAGGAGCUGAGCCGGAAGGCAAAGCUCUCAAUUUACCGGUCGAUCUACGUUCCCAUCCUCACCUAUGGUCAUGAGCUUUGGGUCAUGACCGAAAGGAUAAGAUCACGGGUACAAGCGGCCCAAAUGAGUUUCCGGGUCUCUCCCUUAGAGAUAGGGUGAGAAGCUCUGUCAUCCGGGAGGAACUCAAAGUAAAGCCGCUGCUCCUCCACAUCGAGAGGAGCCAGAUGAGGUGGUUCGGAUGCCACCCGAACGCCUCCCGAGGGAGGUGUUUAGGGCACGUUCAACCGGUAGGAGGCCACGGGGAAGACCCAGGAUACGUUGGGAAGACUAUGUCUCCCGGCUGGCCUGGGAACGCCUCGGGAUCCCCCGGGAAGAGCUAGACGAAGUGGCUGCGGAGAGGGAAGUCUGGACUUCCCUGCUUAGGCUGCUGCCCCCGUGACCCGACCUCGGAUAAGCGGAAGAAGAUGGAUGGAUGGAUGGAUGAAAAUCCAAUCUGCACUUUGUUAGAAUAUAUAACAAAUUGGACCAAGCUAUAUUUCUAACAAAGACAAAUCAUUAUUCUAGAUUUUCCAGAACAACAAUUUUAAAAGAAAUUCAAAAGACUUUUAAAUAAGAUUUAAAAUUGAUUCUACAGAUUUUCUAGAUUUGCCAGAAUAAUUUUUCUGAAUUUUAAUCAUAAUAAGUUUGAAGAAAUAUUUCACAAAUAUUCUUCCUCCAAAAAACAGAAGCUAAAAUGAAGAAUUAAAUUAAAAUUGAUUUAUUAUUCUUUACAAUAAUAAAAAAAAAAUACUCGAACAUUGAUUUAAAUUGUCAGGAAAGAAGAGGAAGGAAUUUAAAAGGUAAAUGUGUUUAAAAAUCCUAAAAUCAUUUUUAAAGUUGUAUUUUUUUCUCUAAAAUUGUCUUUCUGAAAGUUAUAAGAAGCAAAGUAAAAAAAAAGAAUAAAUGUAUUUAAACAAGUGAAGACCAAGUCUUUAAAAUAUGUUCUUGGAUUUUCAAAUUCUAUUUGAGUUUUGUCUCUCUUAGAAUUAAAAAUGUCGAGCAAAUUUGAGACCAGCUUGCUAUUAAAUAAAUAACAUUUAAAAAAUAGAGGCAGCUCACUGGUAAGUGCUGCUAUUUGAGCUAUUUUUAGAACAGGCCAGCGGACUUAUGGGCCGUUGGUGACCCCCGGUGUAGAGUUUAUUGAUAUUGUUUACAAAUCACUUUAAGUGUAUACCACGCAGACUCAAGAUUGUCCUUUUUAAUCUUUUCACUCAUCCAAAGCAGUUGUCGCGCGAGCGUGAGCGUGUGUGUGUGUGUGUGUGUGUGUGUGUGUGUGUCUACUUAACUAUUAAAUGUCACACAUCCAAGUAGGAUCUUCACUUCAUGGCACCUACUGUACUUAAAUGUCAAACACAGCAGCAUAUACUAUUUAAAAAAAAAGCAUCAGUAUGUAACAAUUGUGCAGUGGAAUGAUACGCUGGCUCGUUAAAUAAAGAUUGUUAUCGCCAGACGAGCUACUUUAGUGCAUUAUGUAACUGGUGUCAUGUUGGCACUAAAACAACAAACGGUGCAGCCCUUCUUCGAAUGUUGUUACGACACGUUUGCUACUUUUCUAUUCACACCUCACUAAAGUACAUACAGCUUUUUUUAACUGCAACAAAAAAAAGAAGCAAACAGUUUGUUAUAUUCUUAUGCAUUUAAGAUACCAAACGUAAUGACUUAAAAUAUUCUUUAAAAAGCAACAUAAGAAGAAGGAUGCUCUUUUCAAUUAACAUCAUCUGCCAUGUUUUUGUUUCAAUGAUAGGCAGUAUUUCAGCCCACUCGGAUAAGUUAAAACUGUCAUUUAUUUUGUCGUGGCUCCCCUCAUUGCUUUUUCUGGGACAAACCAAAUGAAAGUGGUGUAAGUACUGGAAGGAAAAUGUGCUAAGAGGUGUGCUUGCCAUGCAGCCAUAUCCAAACAAUCAACAGUCAAUUGCCCGAGUUGUGUGGUGUGCGACGGGGUUUGCGUAUUGUUCAGUCUGUGUGUUUGUGUGUGUGUCUUCAUCGUGCUGUGUAUUCGUGCGGUGCAUCACUGACCAUCAUCUACAUGUCCACAGAGUCCGUAGAGAUGUGCACUGAAGGUGUCGGACAAGAACUGAAGCGUGAGCUCAGGGCUCCAUCAUCACUAGAACUAACUGCACUGGUCUACAGUAACACUAUCAACACUAAUGGACGUGCUUACAGUAGAAGCUUACUGGGUGCUAUCUGUUGAGAGUAGACUCCAAAUGACAGAGGGUGUGUGAGAUUGUAUAUGCAUGUGUUGUUAACGCUGGGUUGAGUCAAAUGUGUACCAUAACAGGACCAAAUAAAUUUCAGCAAUGUGUGUGAGUUGUACAAGGCUGCAGCAUCACUGUCUUCUUUGAGAAUAAAGACGUAUUUAGGGCUAUCAGAAAGAAUGAGCAAACGAAAAUUAAAAAUGAUCGCAUUAAUCACGUAUGUAUGCAGAUUAACCACGCCAUUUAUUUUGAGCCUACAUCCUCUUUUAUCUUAAAGUCGGACGGCAGCAAGGAUUGCUAGACGGUCAGCGAGACGAGUGAGGAGACUUCAGAUUGUACCUCAAAAUACUCCCGCCCAGCAGGCACAAGACGGUGGUACAACGUUGAUUAUACGUACAUGUCCUUCAAAACUGACUUUGAAACAACGCUGCAAAAUAGUUGUAUUUGUAAACGGAGACAUCGUUGAUGUCUAACGUUGGAUCCACGUUGUUGGUUGGGAAAUGUCACAACCUGACAUCGAUUAAAUCUCAUCAAAAAGCAUGUUUCAAUGUAUUUGUGUUGUGAAUAUUGGUUGGGAAAUGACCAUAAUUCAAUGGUCAAUUGAACGUCAAAACCCAACGUUGAAUAAAUGUUGUCAAAAAGCA